CCAACUCGACGUCAGUUUGUGCUAGGGCCGGCGUCGGGACGGCCACCAAAUCUGAGUGUGGCAGCAAACGGAAGAGAAACCGAGCGAAGCCAAGGAAAAGGUUAGAAGGAAAAAUCCAUAAGUGUUUGCUCUCUUGUCUGGAAAAGUCUGAUCAACUUACCGGUGUCGCUUGGUUCGGUUUCCGCUCCGGAUUUGCUGAUUAUCGGUCCGGUGAAGAUACCGUUUAUCGGGUUGGCCGUGUUCUGCAAAUAGAGACGUGGAAACAAAAGCAUGAGCCCCAAAUAAAGCAGCUGCUGGUCAAUUAUUCAUAUUUGCAUUGCGAUUAGCUCGCGGAUCAGCUGAGGGAAAAAUCAAUUCGUACUUCGCCAAUAGUUAAUUCGCAACGAUGGAUGCGUAUAACUACUACUUCUAUGAAAAUGCCGAUCAGAGAACCCUUAACUGGUUCUUGGCCGGAUCGCCCUUCCCGAUGCUGGGGGUCAUUUUCACAUAUCUCAGCCUUGUGUACUGGAUAGUUCCUAAAUUCAUGGAAAACAGGAAACCGUACCAGAUGAAAACUUUCCUCGGGUUCUACAAUCUGUUCCAAGUAGUGUACUGCGUGUACGUGGUCGCAAUGUGCUUUCAAGCGGGAUGGUGGUUCGAUUACUUCUACAAGUGCUACGAAACUGACUAUUCAUACGAUCCUAAAGCCGUUAAAAUGGUUGAAAUGACGUGGUAUAUUCUGUUCAUAAAAUUUCUGGAGCUGUUGGAGACGAUUAUCUUUGUGCUGCGGAAGAAACAGAACCAAGUUUCGUUCCUGCACGUGUACCACCACAUCAGUACUUUUUUCAUAGCCUACAUUUUCUGCAAGUACAUUGGAGGCAGUAUGCUUACAUUCUCCAUCGUAGUCAACAGUGUGGUUCACAUAAUUAUGUACUCAUACUACUUCAUAUCAGCCUAUGAUGUAGCUAUCUUCAAGCUAAUAGCUUCGAAAGUUAAAAGAUAUAUAACCAGUAUUCAGUUGAUCCAGUUUGGUCUCCUUACGGUCAACAACUUCGCCGGACUGCAGCCUGGGUGCAACACGAGCAAACCGUUCCUAGCCAUGUACAUUCCGAAUAUUUUCGUUUUGAUAUAUUUGUUUAGAGAUUUCUACCGGAAGUCGUACGAGAAGAAACGUUCAGCCGCAGUAGAUAGAAAGCUGGAGUAGAGAGUUUGAAAUCUGCUUGCUUCGUUACGAGUCUGGCGGGACUCUUUUAAUAUUUAAUAGGAAUGAGUGCAUAAGAUGAUGAUGAUGAUGAUUGGAAUUAUUGUGAUAGAUAGGUAUGUAGUCUCGAGUCGAAUUUAGGCUAAUUUCAAGGUUUAAGGAAAAAAAUCCAUAGCAGUAUACAGUUAGAAAGAAUGCUAAACACGAAUUCAACCGCACGCUUAUAUUGCCUUACAUUGGAAAGCAAUAUUAUGUAAGUCUUCAAAAAUUGACUAAUAAAAGUUAAAAUAGCAACAUAAGUGACAUAGUUUUCU